GCAGUCUCCCAUUUUCGUUCUAGAUGUUUCGUUAACGUUAAAUUCCCACUCACUAAAUAUUCAUUUCUCGGGAAAGAAUAAAAGAUAUAACGUUGAUUCAUAAACAAUUAAUUAAGUAACUACACAAACAAAAUAUAUAAAGUAGCAUGAGCAAGGUAAAUGAACUCAAAGAAAAAGGCAAUCAGGCCUUAAAUGCCGAGAAGUUUGAUGAAGCUAUUGCCGCCUAUACAGAGGCAAUAGGACUGGAUGAGAAAAAUCAUGUUUUAUAUAGUAAUCGUUCGGCUGCUUAUGCAAAAGCCGGCAAAUUUGCAGAGGCUCUUGAGGACGCGGAGAGAACAAUUAAAAUAAAUCCAACAUGGGCGAAAGGUUACUCAAGGAAAGGAGCUGCAGCAGCCGGCUUAGGAGAUUAUAUGAAGGCAUUUGAAGCCUACAACGAAGGCCUUAAGCAUGAUCCACAGAAUGCAAUUCUUUUGCAAGGUCGUCAAGAAAUUACGGCAGCUGUUCUCCAACAUAUGCAAGGCAUGAACAGCACACCCAUGGAUGUCGAUCCGCCAGCUUCCAAUAGCACUACCGCUAGUUCGAAACCUGCCGAGCAACCAAAGCCAGCAGAGGCCCCAAAGCCAGCCGAACCUAAUUUGGAGGAAAUGACAGAAGAAGAACGCCAGAAGUACAAGGCGAAAAAAGAAAAGGAAGCAGGAAAUAUGGCAUACAAGAAGAAAGACUUUGAUGUUGCUUUAAAACACUACAAUGCAGCCUUGGAAUUGGAUCCUACAGACAUAACAUUCUACAAUAAUAUUGCAGCAGUGCACUUUGAACGAAAAGAUUUCGAAGAAUGCAUUAAGACAUGCGAAAAAGGCAUUGAAGUAGGUCGUGAAAAUAGGGCAGACUUUAAAUUGAUUGGAAAAGCGUUUGCUCGUAUCGGUAACUCAUAUCGUAAAUUAGAAGAUUAUCAUAAGGCCAAAAUGUACUAUGAAAAAGCCAUGUCGGAACACCGAACACCCGAGGUGAAGACUUCGUUGAGCGAAGUUGAGAGCAAAAUCAAGGAAGAAGAGCGCAAGGCCUACAUUGAUCCCGCGAAAGCUGAAGAAGAAAAAGAAAAGGGUAACGAACUAUUCAAAAAAGGCGACUAUAGCACUGCCAUAAAACAUUAUUCGGAAGCCAUUAGGCGUAAUCCUGAUGAUCCAAAAUUAUACAGUAAUCGUGCAGCAUGUUACACCAAACUGGCAGCUUUCGAUUUGGGCUUACAAGAUUGCGAAACAUGUAUCAGAUUAGAUGAGAAAUUCAUCAAGGGCUAUAUACGAAAGGGAAAGAUUCUUCAAGGAAUGCAGAAGACCUCUAAGGCAUCAGCGGCGUACCAAAAGGCAUUGGAAAUGGAUCCAAAUAAUGCUGAGGCAUUGGAAGGUUAUCGUGCAUGUGCUUUGAAUUUGCAACGUAAUCCACAAGAAGUUUUGAAAAAUGCCAUGAAUGAUCCCGAAGUGCAACAGAUUUUGAAAGAUCCAGCAAUGCGAUUAAUCUUGGAACAAAUGCAAAACGAUCCAAAUGCCGUUAAAGAGCACUUGCAAAAUCCAGCGAUAGCCGAUAAAAUUAUGAAACUCAUGGAAUCUGGUAUCAUACAAAUUCAUUAGAACUUAUAAGCAUUCACAAAGCUCUGAAGACCCAAACAAAUAAUGCUAAAAAAACAAAUAAAAAAUUUGUAUCACCACCACCAUUCUUAAUCAGCAAUGCCAAUUUUUCCUAUAAUGAAGCGGUGUAAUGCUCUUUCUUUACUAUUUCCUUUUCUAAUUAUUUUUAUUAUCUCCUAUUCAGUUUAGUUUAUAAAAAAAAACUCGAAGUUAUCUUAAAAUAUUUCCAAUUCUGUGUUUAUUAUUUUAUUCGAGUAUUUUUGCAUCAAUUUAUUUUGUUCGUUUCCCAUAAAAUAAACAAUUCUAUAGUUAUUUUAUAGAAUUAUUUGUUAACAAAUGUUGACAGGUCUUUGUUUUCAUUUAAUGUUUAAUUUUUAUUCCAAAUAAAACCAAUUUCCUUGAAAGAAUUUUUGUUGCAGAUUUUCUUAAAGCAAACAAGCAUACCUUUAGCUUAUAAAAAAAAAACAAUAAAAUAUAAAAGCAAAGAAACAAUACUGCUUUUUAAACAAAAAGUCUACUUAACAAUAUACUUAUACAUAUUUAUAAAAGAACUAACAAAGUUAUUUGUUUAAUUAAUAAAGAGAAUAUUAAAUAUUUCUUUAAAUAAAAUAAUAAAAUAAAGUGAAAUUAAAUCGAUAUAA